CCUAUCCAUCCCCCUCACCUGUUCUGGCCCCCAGAUGUCUAAGCAGCCUCUGCACCCAACAACCCCGCUGUUUCCUAUAGCGGCCUCUUUGGGAGGAAGCCGCAGGCACCAAGGGAAAUGAGUUCCCUUUCUCCAGCCUCUAACCGUCUGGAGAACCCAUCCUGAUUCCCAUUGCCAGUGGAGAAGGUCUCCCCUGGUGAAGACCUCGGGAGAACAUGGGAGAUGGAAAUACAUUUAGGAGCCGGGAUGCUUCCUCUGGGGUUGAAUCCCUGUUGUUACUAUCCAUGCCAGCACCAGGGCAUCUGUGUCCGCUUCGGCCUUGACCGCUACCAGUGUGACUGCACCCGCACGGGCUAUUCCGGCCCCAACUGCACCAUCCCUGGCCUAUGGACCUGGCUCCGGAAUUCAUUGCGGCCCAGCCCCUCUUUCACCCACUUCCUGCUCACUCACGGGCGCUGGUUCUGGGAGUUUGUCAAUGCCACCUUCAUCCGAGAGAUGCUCAUGCGCCUGGUACUCACAGUGCGUUCCAACCUUAUCCCCAGUCCCCCCACCUACAACUCAGCACAUGACUACAUCAGCUGGGAGUCUUUCUCCAACGUGAGCUAUUACACUCGUAUUCUGCCCUCUGUGCCUAAAGACUGCCCCACGCCCAUGGGAACCAAAGGGAAGAAGCAGUUGCCAGAUGCCCAGCUCCUGGCCCGCCGCUUCCUGCUCAGGAGGAAGUUCAUACCUGACCCCCAAGGCACCAACAUCAUGUUUGCCUUCUUUGCACAACACUUCACCCACCAGUUCUUCAAAACUUCUGGCAAGAUGGGUCCUGGCUUCACCAAGGCCUUGGGCCAUGGGGUAGACCUCGGCCACAUUUAUGGAGACAAUCUGGAGCGUCAGUAUCAACUGCGGCUCUUUAAGGACGGGAAACUCAAGUACCAGGUACUGGACGGAGAAAUGUACCCGCCCUCGGUAGAAGAGGCGCCUGUGUUGAUGCACUACCCCCGAGGCAUCCCACCCCAGAGCCAGAUGGCUGUGGGCCAGGAGGUGUUUGGGCUGCUUCCCGGGCUCAUGCUGUAUGCCACGCUCUGGCUACGCGAGCACAAUCGUGUGUGUGACCUGCUGAAGGCUGAGCACCCCACCUGGGGCGAUGAGCAGCUUUUCCAGACGACCCGCCUCAUCCUCAUAGGGGAGACCAUCAGGAUUGUCAUCGAGGAGUAUGUGCAGCAGCUGAGUGGCUAUUUCCUGCAGCUGAAAUUUGACCCAGAGCUGCUGUUCGGUGUCCAGUUCCAAUACCGCAACCGCAUUGCCAUGGAGUUCAACCAUCUCUACCACUGGCACCCCCUCAUGCCUGACUCCUUCAAGGUGGGCUCCCAGGAGUACAGCUACGAGCAGUUCUUGUUCAACACCUCCAUGUUGGUGGACUAUGGGGUCGAGGCGCUGGUGGAUGCCUUCUCUCGCCAGAGUGCUGGCCGGAUCGGUGGGGGCAGGAACAUGGACCACCACGUCCUGCACGUGGCUGUGGAUGUCAUCAGGGAGUCUCGGGAGAUGCGGCUGCAGCCCUUCAAUGAGUACCGCAAGAGGUUUGGCAUGAAGCCCUACACCUCCUUCCAGGAGCUCGUAGGAGAGAAGGAGAUGGCAGCGGAGUUGGAGGAGUUGUAUGGAGACAUUGAUGCGUUGGAGUUUUACCCUGGACUGCUUCUUGAAAAGUGCCAUCCAAACUCUAUCUUUGGGGAGAGUAUGAUAGAGAUUGGGGCUCCCUUUUCCCUCAAGGGUCUCCUAGGGAAUCCCAUCUGUUCUCCGGAGUACUGGAAGCCAAGCACAUUUGGCGGUGAGAUGGGCUUUAACAUCGUCAAGACGGCCACACUGAAGAAGCUGGUCUGCCUCAACACCAAGACCUGUCCCUACGUUUCCUUCCGUGUGCCGGAUGCCAGUCAGGAUGAUGGGCCUGCUGUGGAGCGACCAUCCACAGAGCUCUGAGGGGCAGGAAAGUAGCAUUCUAGAGGGGGGAGCUUUGUGCUUGUCAUUCCAGAGUGUUGAGGCCAGGGCUGAUGGUCUUAAAUGCUCAUUUUCUGGUUUGGCAUGGUGAGUGUUGGGGUUGACAUUUACAACUUCGAGUCUCACCCAUUAUCUGGAAUAUUGUGAUUCUGUUUGUUCUUCCAGAAUGCUGAAUUAGCCCUUCAGACUGUUAGGAGUGGUUCUUAUUUGGUCUGCCAGAAUACUGGGUUCUUAGUUGACAACCUAGAAUAUCAGAUUUCUGGUUGAUUUGUAACACAGUCAUUCUAGAAUGUGGAGCUACUGAUGAAAUCUGCUAGAAAGUUAGGGGGUUCUUAUUUUGCAUUCCAGAAUCUUGACUUUCUGAUUGGUGAUUCAAAGUGUUGCAUUCCUGGCUGAUGAUCCAGAACAGUGGCUCAUAUCCCAAAUCUGUCAGCAUCUGAGUGUCUAGAAUGUGGAUUUGAUUCAUUUUCCUGUUCAGUGAGAUAUUAUAGAGCGGGAGAUCAUAAGGUCCAACAAGAAUGCAUUCCCUGAAUCUGUGCCUGCACUGAGAGGGCAAGGAGGUGGGAUGUUCUUCUUGGGACCCCCACUAAGACCCUGGUCUGAGGAUGUAGAGAGAACAGGUGGGCUUUAUUCACGCCAUUGGUUGGAAGCUACCAGAGCUCUAUCCCCAUCCAGGUCUUGACUCAUGGCAGCUGUUUCUCAUGAAGCUAAUAAAAUUCGCUUUCUAAA